AUGACCAGCCAGAAGCGUAUCACCAAGGAACUUGGUGAACUCACCACUUCCCCCCCUGCCGGUAUCACGGUCGCUCUGGCUGAUGAGGCGAAUCUCUUCGAGUGGAAAGUCACCAUGGAGGGACCAGCUGGAUCGCCGUAUGCUACCAGCGCCGUCUUUGCAUGGCCCUCAGACAUGGCAGCAUGGUUACGAAAGGAGCAAACAAACACGGGCCACCUCUUCAACCUCUCCUUGACCCUCCCACCAAACUACCCUUUCAAGCCGCCAACCGUGACUUUCACCACCAAGAUCUACCACCCAAACAUCUCCAAUGACUCUCCACCAAACUCCGGCACCAUGUGCUUGGGCAUGUUGAGAGAGUCUGAAUGGAAGCCGAGCACCAGAGUCGCCGCGGUCCUGGAAUUCGCUCGUCAGUUGUUGAAAGAACCAAACCCCGACGACGCCGUCGAAGGCAAGAUCGCAGACCAGUAUCGCAACGACUACGGCGCGUACGAGAAGGAAGCCCGCGAGUGGGUCAAGCGCUAUGCGACGGUCAAGAAAUGA